AUGGAGGCUCCAAGAAAUCGAAAGCAGCGCCGUGCUGCCGCAGCGAAUAUGAAUACAGCUUCAGAAGAGCCAGACAUUCCUCUCGCCCUUCCAGAACGCGGCGAUCCGAGCAAGAAGAGCAGCGAGCCAACGUUAUAUGACAUCAUUGAGAAGCGCCAAAAAGAGCUUCUCAAACAAGCAGAAAGCCUGGGGAAAGCGCCAGCGCCAGCGUUGGGCAAAGGGCUGCCAUCAAAACCAACAGGCACUCGAUAUGUAACUGUCGACGCGUCGGGGAACUUGGUGGAGGCUGACGGCAAUGUCGAAAGCCCAAUCCCCAUGAACAUGGGCACACAAAAAGCCAAACCAGGCCGCAAAGCACAACCAAAAGACAAUAACGACGACCCCGAGCUGGAGAUAGACAAGCCUCUCCCUCCUCUACUCGAUACCAUCCUACUUGCCAUUCCUCUCACAACCCUUCACCUCACCCUGGCCUAUCUCGCCGCACAUCAGUAUGCCGAAUCGACCAACAUCCCCGUCCUCAUCAAAGAAUCGAUCUUUAUCACCCUCCCUCUCCUCACUUUCCUCGUCCACUUCGUUCACGGCCAUAUCGUUUCUUUCAAACUCCAUACCAGCUUUGGCUUCCUCGCGGCCCGGCCAGUUUCGGUUCUCCCGCUCACGCGCGACAAGUUCACAUUCUUUUUCCUCCGGCGUCUGGUCUUCCCGCCAACACUUCGAACUAUAAUUCUGCUUCCCAUCUCAAUGCUAUUGGGAGCUCAUCUUAUUACCAUUACGAAUGGGGAGCCGUACUAUGCUGUUAUGAAGAAGGCGCCUGCUUUUGGCACUAUGUGGAUCUGGUGUAUUUUGGAGAUGUCCUUCGGACCGGCGGUUCUUGGGGCGCUGGGACCAUUGAUUUGGGGCGUUUACUAUAUGGGAUAUGGUAUUUUUUGA